AUGAAGGUGCAGGAUAAAAAAACAAACAUAAAUUUCGUACAGCUGGCAGACUUUUCUGGUUCUAUGGAAGAAGGAUUUCGAACGCCAAUGAAUUUGCUGACUAAUUUUGCGCAUUUAAAUUUGGAAGAAGCUGAAAGCUCCACAACUGGUGGAACUAAGUCUAGAAAGAGUUUUGCAGGAUUUGAAGGGCUAAAGUUGAAUUUUGACGAUAUUGAUGAUCAGCCUGAAAGUAGUGCUCCUAGUAACAUCCCUCGACCUAGAAAAUCUAAUGCACAAAGACCAAUGGAAAGACAAGGAGUGUACGUAAUUUUAUUAUAUAACACUCUAUUUAGUGAUAUCGAAUCUGAAUCGUUUUUCACUAUAUAG